GUGUAUAGAUAAGAAACUAAGGAAAUAUGAACCAAAGCAGAAGUAUUGGAUUUUAAGAAGAGGAUCUUACACUCUCUCAACUAGAAGAUUACAAAGCCUGGACUUCGUGGAGAUGUACAGAUACAAAAUAGAUCUGGUGCCUUGUCAGCUGUGUUUUGUGAAAGUGCACCAGAGGCUUUCUCCCUGGCAGAGUUGGAGAGUGGUCCAUUGCAGUACAGUAGUGCCCUCUGAUGAUGUGACAGUGGUUUACCAAAAUGGAUUACCUGUGAUUUCUGUGAAUCUUCCAUCCCGGCGCGAGCGUUGCCAGUUCACACUAAAACCUAUCUCAGACUCUGUUGGAGUGUUCUUACAACAGCUGCAAGAAGAGGACCGAGGAAUUGAUCGGGUUGCAGUCUACUCCCCAGAUGGCACACGAGUAGCCUCUUCAACUGGCAUAGAUCUUCUCCUCCUGGAUGACUUCAAACUGGUCAUCAAUGACUUAACGUAUCAUGUUCGACCACCAAAGAGAGACCUCUUAAGCCAUGAAGAUGCAACCACGCUGAAUGAUGUGAAGACAUUGGGUCAGGCUCAGCAGCUGUACAUCUCUCUGUGCAUUGAGGAACACCAACUGAACAAGGAAAAGGAGUUGAUUGGGCGGCUAGAGGACCUCAAGGAGCAGCUAGCACCCCUGGAAAAGGUCAGGAUGGAAAUCAGCAGAAAAGCAGAGAAGAGGACUACGUGGGUUCUGUGGGGUGGACUGGCCUACAUGGCCACUCAGUUUGGGAUUCUGGCUCGGCUCACCUGGUGGGAGUACUCUUGGGACAUUAUGGAGCCAGUCACCUACUUUAUUACCUAUGGGAGUGCUAUGGCAAUGUAUGCUUACUUCGUAAUGACACGUCAGGAGUAUGUUUACCCAGAUGCCAGAGAUAGACAGUACUUAUUAUUUUUCCAUAAAGGAGCCAAGAAGACACGUUUUGACCUAGAGAAAUACAAUCAACUUAAGGAUGCAAUCGCUCAGGCAGAAUUGGAUCUUAAAAGGCUUCGAGACCCACUGCAGAUUCACUUGCCUGUCCAGCAAAUCAAUGAUAAAGACUGAUCAGCCAAGAAUGUCUGUAUCCCAGCAAAAAGAGAACCUGUUCAUAGCUCUUGCCUUUUAAUGAAAGCAUUGCAGGUGGAAGCUGGGAGAUAGCGUGGGGGUGGAGGGUUUUUACCUUUAAUUUAAAAUAGAAGAGGACCAUGGGGGGGAAAAAAUCUCUUAAAUCUGAAGAUUGGGCAUUGUGGAAUGUUAGCCUCCAAAGCAACAUGGUAAAUGCUGUCACAUACAAGCCUUUGUAUCUGGAUGAAAAUGAUGUACAAAUACAAAACUGGGGGGGUGUCAUAAUGAGAAUGUAAUGCUGGAGGGCUGUCUUCUUCCGGCUUUGCAGGGUCUGCCUCUCAAUAAUGCACCAGCAGCCUGCUGAGCUCUUUUAAAUGUUCCUUUCUUGAUUUUUGACACACACCAGUAACA